AGAUGAGAAGAAGCACACCAGAAAAUCUCGUUUUGUUACAUCCCUCUCGAUAAAGCGAAGAGACGAUCCCAAUCUUCUUCAUCUUCCACCUCUCGAUCUCAGGAAAAAAAAAAAAGGGGAUCCGAUGGGAGGAGGAGCAGAGAAUGGACACGGAGGCGAUUUUAGAGCGAAGGUAUGGAGCAUGUCUGGUGGGCCUUACUGUAGGCCCAAGCACUGGCGUCGGAACACAGCCUUUGCUAUGUUCGGCGUGUUCCUUGUCUGCAUCCCCAUCGCCAUGAAAUCUGCUGAGCUCGAGCAAAGGCCACACAUGCCGGUACGUCCUAUUCCUUCACAGAUAUGGUGCAAGAACUUUGGAACCAAGGAUGAUUACGAAAAAGAGCACUGAAUCUAAGCCUUUUUUUUUUUUUUUUCAUUUUCAUUACUAGUGUAAUAAUAAUCUGUCUUUGCUGGAAUCUUCUCAAACCAAUGCAAUGUUUUUGCACGCUUGUGUUUUUAUGUUUGCCAUUCAAAUAGUGGUUUUCAUCAGACAUCUAAGUUUUGCUUUGAUGUAUCGAUAACAACUAUAAAGACAAUUCUUCAA